UUCCGUAGUAUGUUUUCCUUCCGUUCGAGUCACAAUUUCGACCAAGGCUUCUUUUUUUUUCAGCAAUACAAUCGUAGAAAACAAACGCGGUGAUGCAAGUGUCGAAAUGCUAGCGACAUUAACGAGCUUUCAAGGUCUUCUUCGGCUUGCCCGAGACAGAACUUGUGGACUCUCAUGCCUUUUAGCGCAGAAGAAACCCACCUUGGCCGCUUGCUGUCUGCUUCUAGCGGCGAGGAGACAGCAAGUACCCUGCAGAGAUGUCAGCUCCUCGGCUCCACUGCAUGUUAAAGUCCGAGCCAAACAAGGGAAAGGGGAUAUUUCCGAAAAGAAGCUGACUCGUCACUUUGUAGACCACAAAUGUGUGCGGCUGCUGGCUGGUUCGGGCGGAAAAGGAGCUUGCACCUUUCACAGCGAGCCUCGAAAAGAGUGGGGCGGACCGGAUGGUGGAAACGGUGGUGAUGGAGGAAGCAUCUCCUUUAAGGCCGAUCGGUUUGUGAAGUCUCUGGCUCAAAUAGUUUCUGUCUACAUGGCAGAAGAUGGUCAGUCAGGUGGCAGCAAGAACUGUUAUGGUCGGAAUGGCCGCCCAACUUUUAUUUGUGUACCAGUUGGCACUGUGGUGAAGGAGCGUGGCAGGACAGUAGUGGAUCUCUCUGAGCAUGGUCAAGAUUAUCUGGCGGUAUGUGGAGGUUCCGGAGGUAAAGGCAACAGGUUUUUUCUCUCCAAUGAGAAUCGGGCUCCAAUGACAGCAACAACUGGAACUGCGGGCCAGGAGAGAGUCCUUCAUCUCGAGUUGCGCACUAUGGCCCACGCUGGACUGGUUGGUUUUCCAAAUGCUGGCAAAUCCUCUCUUUUGAGAGCCAUCUCUAAUGCCAGGCCAGCUGUGGCUGCUUUCCCUUUCACAACACUCAACCCGCAUGUUGGAAUUGUCAAGUACAGGGAUCACGAGCAAGUCGCAGUUGCUGACAUCCCGGGAAUCAUUCAAGGAGCGCAUCUAAAUCGAGGCCUGGGCAUCUCUUUCCUGCGUCACAUUGAGCGUUGCAGAUUCCUGCUCUUUGUUCUGGACGCGUCCUCUCCAGAGCCUUGGAAUCAGCUCAAGCACCUACGCUAUGAACUGGACCAGUAUGAGCCUGGUCUGUCCCAGCGGCCUCAUGUCAUUGUGGCCAACAAAAUAGACCUUUGCGAAGCUCGGGAGAACUUAGAGAUCUUGAAGAGCCGUGUUACCCAAAGAGUCAUUCCUGUGUCAGCUCUUACCGGGCACAACACAGAAGAACUCAUCCUUCACCUUCGAGAGCUGUAUGACGGGAAUCUCCGCGGAGAUGCUAGUACAGCAGAAGGAAAAGCCACAAGAUAGUUCUAAGAGACAUGCAAGCUUUGUCAAAGGAGUUCCAGGACUUGUACUGUUAAAGAUUCAGCAUUUCGGGAUCAAUUGCAUCGCCUAUUUUAUGUUACCAUUUCUGUACAAGUUUACAGUAAAUUGCCCGCUAAGUUAAAUAAAGCCCACAAACUACUGUGCAGUCAUGGCUGCACAUCAUAUGUUGCAAAUAAAGUCUGUGUAAUGAUGCAA